AUGUCCUCGCUCACACCCCUCAUUUCCAAAUGCAAGGUCAGCUCCGUGCUGAACCGCGACGCAAAGUCCUUCGGCAAAGCACACCUCUUCGAUGCCAGCCUCGAGACCUGCUGGAACUCCGACCAAGGCUCGCCGCAGUACAUCCUUGUUGAGUUCGCCCAGCCCGUCAAAAUUAACAGCGUGCUCAUCCAGUUCCAGGGCGGCUUCGUCGGCAAAGACAUCGAGCUCAUUGACGCCAUCAAGGCUGCCAAGAUAUGCAACCUCUACGCCGACGACAACAACAAGCUGCAGUCGUUCGAUGUCCCACAGGAGGAAGCCGUCAUUGGGCGCUCCCGCAUCAAGAUCCUGUUCAACCAGAGCACCGACUUUUACGGCCGCAUCGUCAUCUACUCCCUCGACUUCGUCGGCUCCACUGCGUAG